UAUUCGUUAAUCUGCAGCCCUGGAAUGUCUGCGGGCCAAUCAGCAGUGUCUCCGAGGGCUCCCCGAGGGCUCCAAUAAUCCUGCAAUGAUUAGCAGGGGCCACGGGGUCACCGCGAACCACUCAGUAGCCCCGUGCUACUCCUUGAGAUUGUGAAUAGCUCCGUCCAGUCUGGGAAGCAGGCUGGAUUGCUGAGCCCAGCAGAGCCCAGAGCCACCACCAGGCCCAUGCUGAGGCUGGAGCCCUCGCCCAGGCCUGGAGGCCACCAGCCAGGCCUCCUGCCCUUGCUCCUAGCUCUCCUUGGCACAACCUGGGCAGCGGUGCAGCCACUCCAGCUGCAGGAGCAGCGGGUUCCAAUGGCUGAAGUCCUGAGCAAGAAGGAGAGCUUCCUCCUCGUCUCCCUGCACAACCGCUUGCGAAGCCGGGUCCACCCGCCUGCGGCCAACAUGCAGAGAAUGGAUUGGAGCGACAGCCUGGCCCGGCAAGCCCAGGCCCGGGCGGCCCUCUGCGGUGCCCCCGCCCCAAGCCCGGCCUCCGUCCCGCGGGCCGCCCGGCACGUGGGCUGGAACGCGCAGCUGCUGCCCGCGGGCUCCGCGACCUUCGUGCACGUAGUGGGCCUGUGGUUCGCAGAGGGGCGGCAGUACAGCCACGCGGCGGCCGAGUGCGCCCCCAACGCCACCUGCGCCCGCUACACUCAGCUCGUGUGGGCCACCUCGAGCCAGCUGGGCUGUGGGCGGCACCUCUGCUCUGGGGCCCAGGGCGAGCUGGAAGCCUUUGUCUGCGCCUACUCUCCCGGAGGGAACUGGGAGGUCAACGGGAAGACCAUCGUCCCCUACAAGAAGGGCGCCUGGUGUUCACUCUGCACGGCCAGCGUCUCCGGCUGCUUUAAAGCCUGGGAUCACGCAGGGGGGCUCUGUGAGGUCCCCAGGAACCCGUGUCGCAUGAGCUGCCGGAACCACGGCCUUCUCAACGUUAGCAGCUGCCACUGCCUGUGCCCCCCUGGGUACACAGGCAGGUACUGUCAAGAUCAAACCAAAGAUGCCACAGAGCACAGAGGACUCCCAGGUGGGUGUUCUUGCUGGGGCUGGCAUCCGUGCACAUCCUCCGCCCCCAUCCUGGCAGUGCGGUGCAGCGUGCAGUGCGUGCACGGCCGGUUCCGGGAAGAGGAGUGUUCCUGCGUCUGUGACGUCGGCUUCGGGGGAGCCCAGUGCGCCACCAAGGUGCGCUUUCCCUUCCACACCUGUGAUCUGAGGAUCGACGGAGACUGCUUCAUGGUGUCCUCGGAGGCGGACACCUACUAUGGCGCCAAGAUGAAAUGCCAGGGCAAGGGUGGGGUGCUCGCCCAGAUUGAGAGCCAGAAAGUACAGGACAUCCUGGCCUUCUACCUGGGCCGCCUGGAGACCACCAACGAGGUGACCGACAGUGACUUUGAGACCAGGAACUUCUGGAUCGGGCUCACCUACAAGAGCGCCAGGGACUCCUUCCGCUGGACCACGGGGGAGCACCAGUCCUUCACCAGCUUCGCCUUUGGGCAGCCGGACAACCAGGGGUUUGGCAACUGCGUGGAGCUGCAGGCAUCGGCCGCCUUCAACUGGAAUGACCAGCGCUGCAAAACCCGCAACCGCUACAUCUGCCAGUUUGCUCGCGAGCACAUCUCCCGCUGGGACCCAGGGCCCUGAGGUUCAGCCAUGCCCCUCCCCAGCCAGCGCCUGGGUGCACAGCCCCGCUGGCCCUCCUGCCCUCCCGUGUAGAACCAGGGCCUGGCUGGGACUGCAGCCAACAACCAAAGCGGUCUCAGACCUUGCAGGACGUCGGGCGGGGUACAAGUGAGGUUGACAGAGGCUGGUGGAGGAGGAGGGGAGCCUGGGUGCCCCCACCCCUCAGCCUGCUUUUGAUCCGGAAGAUGGGGCUUAAUCAGGCCCUGAAACAGGAGUCCAGACCAGCAGGGAGAAGCGCCUGCUCCAGUCCACCCAGGCUGGACCCUCUGGGGCAGAUGGAGGCUCCUCCCCACCCACGGGGCACCCUACAAAGGAUUAAACUAAGUUAUGGAUGAGCCA